AUGUCUUUCAAGGUUGACGUGCCCGGAGCCGACACCAUCAUCCUGGUGUCGAACGAGAGCAGAUACAGAAUGCACUCUACCCAGCUCAGCCUGGCCAGCGGCUGCUUCGCCGAUCUGCUGAGUACCCCUGGACCNUCCCUGAACCGCGAGGGUCUUCGAGUGGGUAUCCGCUACUUGAUCGUUCUGCAGGACUUUGACGAGAAAACCACCAACAAGCUUAGCAAGCCUGUCUUUAGACGUAUCCCUGUUGACAGCAAUGGACGUCCUUCACAGACGUACGCAGUCAUGCACGAGAGCGACCAGAACCCUCAUAUUCGUGCCUCGCUGUUCUCUGACUAUGAGAGACUGCUGCGUAUCUUUGCCAACCAACCCGUCUCUUUUGACGACAAGACUAUCGACACCUUGUUGCCUGAUGCCAUGGGUCUGGUUGAAGUUGCUGAGGGCCGGCUCUGUAAGUAUCCUGCUGCCAUGCUUGGAUAUCAUGCUGACUGUGGUUGUAGNGUGUCCAUGGUGGCCAAGAUCAUCGAGAGCAGCUUGCUUGUCAAGGGUCAAGACAUCUUCAGGGCCAUCUCUGCCAGCCCCAUCGUCUGGAUCGAUGUCACUUUCCGCAUCCAGUCCAAGGUGCUCUUCAAGGAGGCACUCAUCCACCUCACUGGCAAGUACAACGCUCUGGUUCUCACACCNCCUGACGAGGCUUUCGUCAACAAGUACCCCAGAGCUCGCAGCAUUCUCGACCAGCUUCCACCCAACCUUCGCGACUUGCUCGAGCGCAAGCACGCUGAGCUGAAGCAGUUUUGCCAGAACAUUGAGAAGGCCGUCAGCAGCCACUACCCUCCCGGCAUCACGAAGACUUCUGUCACUGGCCAAGCCAAGACUGACCCCAUUGGCAGACUCGACUAUGCCAAGGACGUCUUCACCUGGGUCGGCGUGGCUUGCUACCGCCACUGGUGGGGCCAGAUGAUGGCCAGUGGUGCCACCCACAACAACAAGUUUGGCGGCCAUGACAUGUACCUUCGCCUCUUCAACGGCGGCCAGAACUACCUGGGCCGCGACAUCCAGAAUGGCUUCCACCAGCACUUUCCCAUGAGCGGCAAGGGCGAGAAGGUCCUGCAGCAUAACAUUGACAUCAUCAAGGCUGGUAUCACCAAGGUCGUGGCUCCGUUGAUGAACAAUGAGAGCCAGCUGGACAUCAUCAAGUCACCUGUCAAGUGGCUGACCUGCACUGCCGUCGGUGGUGCCGACUACCUCUGGGACCCUGAAGUCGACCAAGAGCCUGAAGAAGAGUCUGAGCAGGAUGCUGAGGAGGGAGCUGAACAGGAGGCUAAGCAGGGAGCUGCAGAGUUGUACGGUGCUCAGCCAGUCGCCGAGAAGGCCAAGGGCAAGAGACGCGCUGACGAGGCCUUUGAUGAGGCCGAACCCUCCUCCGAGCCAGUCGGCAAGGGCAAGGGAAAGGAGCGCGCUGUCCAAGAGGAAGAUCUCGACCAUGACCACGACGAAGACGCCGAGGGCGAAGAGGUUUGA